CGCAGCGCGGCGGUCGGACCGGAGUCGAAAAUUCGAAGUAAAGUAACCCAUAAAAGCUAACGAUAAUUGACAUAAACAAACAAAAGAAACGUUAAAAAAACAACAGAGUGUAAAAAAAGUUUAGCAACCGCGAAAACGACUUACGAAUUUUCACAACAACCUGAUGUUUUGUAACGGAUUUUCAAGAAACUGGUAAAAAUUUUAUUGUGGAUUCUUCUGCUUCUUCGCAACCGCGGCAAGAUUUUUUUGCCCCUUUGCGGAUUUUUGGAGAACGUAAAGCAUUCGCGAUUCCUGGCAGCUCCCUUCUAACACUGGACUCAUCACUGGAAACCCAUUAAGUGUAACAACAGAAACAGCAACAUAGUAUGCGUCUCUUCAAAACGCGCAAAUCUACGGACACCUACAGCACACUAGCCGCUCAGCAACAACAGCAGCAACAGCAAGCCGACAACAGCAGCAGCAGCAGCAUUUGCCCGAGCAGCAGCAACAACAAAGGUCACACGCCGGCAACAUGCAGCAACCGACUGAACAAGAGCGUUGUAAGCAGCAGCGCAAUUUCCUCAUCGCUGCCUGAUCUGCAUGACAAGUCGCCCGUCAUGAUACUCAGCUGCACCACCCUGACCAGCAAUGGAGCCACCGCCACGGCAGCGGUCACAGCAACAGCCACCGGCACAGCAGCAACCUCUGCCGGCGGUCUGCAACAGCUGCAGCAUCAGCAGCAACACCAGCAGCAGCAGCCGUUACGCACGGCCACGCCCACAUGUCUACUAAGUGGACGGCAGACACCAUCGGCCAUAUCGGUGAUGUCGCUUCAAGAGGCCACCAGUUUGCAUCGCCAACAGCAGCAACAGCAGCAACAACAGCAACAACAUCAGCCACCCACCAUCUAUGUGCCAGUGCCCACGAAACUUGGCAGCAAUGUCAACACUGGCAGCAACUCGGCAACACUGCUGCUGAGCUAUGGCAGCACCAACAGCAUUGCCACCAUGCAGCAUCAGCAGCAGCAACACGCUGCCCAGUACCAGCAAUAUGUUGCCCAGCGUCUGCACGCCGCUUCCAGCAGUUGCUUAUACGAGAAGGGGGCCAACGCCAGCGGAGGGGCGGGCAGCAACAAGAGCAGUCGAUCCCUGACCCCAAAUGGUCACCUGCCCGACUACAAAUUGGUGACAGCGGUGCCAGUUGUUGUCCUGGACGAUGAACACAAAUCGAGCUCAUUGCCAUCCAAUGAGCUGAGUCGCAGCAGCAACAGCAACAGCAACAUCAACAGCAGCAAUAGCAACAGCAACAGCCAUGACGUCAGCAACAGCAACUCACACAGUGGAAGCUCCGCUUCUUUGGCCAGCACCACAAGGAAUGUUUUCACCUGGGGCAAGCGCAUGAGUCGCAAACUGGAUCUGCUGAAGCGCAGCGACUCGCCCGCCGCCGCCCACAAAUCGCACUCGGAUCUGCGGAGUCUGUUCCACUCGCCAACGCAUCACAAGAGUGGAUCCGGUGGGUGCAGCGGACCCAGUUCGGCGAAGCCCUCGACCUCCUCCACUGGUGGCCAGCAGAACAGCUCCAGCUCCAGCUCCACGACCAGCACCCUCAAGAAGUGCAAGUCGGGGCCCAUCGAGACCGUCAAGCAGCGUCAGCAGCAGCAGCAGCAGCAGCAACAGCAGCAGUUGGCCCAGGAGGUGAGCCAGAGUGCCCAGUCCACGCCCACGCAUCAGUUCCAGGCGGCCGCCCGCCCACAGAAGGCGUUGAAGAACUUCUUUCACCGGAUCGGGUCCACCGGCAUGCUAAACCACCGCUCCCACAACCUGCUGAAGGCCUCGGAGGCGUCACAGCAGGCCACGCCGGCGGCCACCACGCUGUACAGGAGCAGCUCCACCAGCCAGCUGUCCAGCUGCUCCUACGUCAAGUGCGACGAUCCCACCGAGGGCCUCAAUCUCCACAGGGAACAGCGGGAGCAGCGCCUGCCGCGGAUUGCCAGCCUGAAGUCCAGCAGCUGCGACGACAUAGCCAAGGUGAGCAGUUGCCUGACUUCCAGCACAAGCGGUGCUGACAGUGCUGCCGGCAGCCUGGCAUCUCCUCCCAGUGGAUCAGCAGCUGGCGGUGCAGCAGCAGGAGCAAGUGCGGGAGUUGGAGCAGGAGCCGUUGCCAGUGGCCAACACGAUCCCUCGCGACGUGGAGCCUUUCCAUACGCCUUCCUGCGGUCACGCCUCUCCGUCCUGCCGGAGGAGAACCACGGCAACGGACCGGGCCACCACCUCAAGCAGCAAGUACAACGGCAGCGGGAGCAGCAUCAGCAGAACCAGCAGCAUCAGAGGGAUCAGAGGGAUCUCCUGCAGCAGGAGCAGGCCUCGUCGCCCCUGCCACAGCGACGCUCCCCCGAACAGGCGAUGCUGGGCAACGUGUCGCGCAACGACAGCAUCACCUCCAAGGACUGGGAACCACUUUACCAAAGAUUAAGCAGUUGCCUGAGUUCGAACGAGUCCGGCUACGACAGCGAUGGGGGUGCGACGGGUGCCCGGCUGGGCAAUAAUCUGAGCAUCUCCGGCGGAGAUACCGAAUCUAUUGCCUCGGGCACGCUCAAGCGCAACUCGCUCAUCUCCCUCAGCUCGUCAGAGGGCGUGGGCAUGGGCAUGGGCAUGGGCAUGGGUCUGGGCUUAGGACUGGGAAUGGGAAUGGGAAUGGGUGCGACGACUCCGUCGACAAGGAACAGCAGCAUCUGCAGUGCCCCCGUCUCGCUGGGUGGCUACAACUACGACUACGAGACGGAGACCAUAAGGCGGAGGUUCAGGCAACUGAAGCUGGAGCGCAAGUGCCAGGAGGACUACAUCGGCAUUGUCCUGUCGCCCAAGACGGUGAUGACCAACAGCAAUGAGCAGCAGUAUCGGUAUCUCAUCGUGGAACUGGAACCCUAUGGCAUGGCACAGAAGGACGGCCGCCUUCGUCUGGGCGAUGAGAUCGUCAACGUGAAUGGAAAGCACCUGCGCGGCAUCCAGUCCUUUGCGGAGGUCCAGCGCCUGCUGAGCAGCUUCGUGGACAACUGCAUCGACCUGGUGAUCGCCCACGAUGAGGUGACCACCGUCACUGAUUUCUACACCAAAAUCCGGAUCGAUGGGAUGAGCACGCAGCGCCACAGACUGAGCUACGUGCAGCGCACCCAGAGCACGGACAGUCUGACCAGCAUGCAGAGUCUACAGCUGCAGCAGGAGAGGAUCCAGGGCCAGAACCUGGAACAGGAUCACGACCAGGACCAGGAACCGGAUGGCCAGGGCGAGGAUCAGUGCGAUGCGCGAUCGCUGGCCAGUGUCAGCACGCUGCCCACUCCGAUGCCGCUGAUGCAGCAUCGCCGGAGCUCCACGCCGCGUCACUCGCUGGAAGUGGGCGGGCCGGAGCACGAGCUGCUCCGGAGGCGGGCCCGCAGCUCCUCAGGUCAGCGCAGCUUGGCUCUAACACCGACCCCGCUGUUUGCCAGCAGCAGCAGCAGCAGCAGCUGCUCCUCCUCCCCUAACCACCGGUUGCUGGACAGCGAGAACGACCCCGCUAACGAAGACACCGACUCCUAUACGCCGGUGUAUGCAAGCCGGGCGGCGAGCGUGUGCGUGGCCUCCUCGCUGGCGGACGACGAGAAGUGGCAGCUGCUGGCCCGGAAGCGCUGCUCCGAGGGAGCCGCCCUGUCCGCGGCCCCCAGUCCCCAGCAGUUUGGCCAGCGCACCCACUACGCCAGGAACUCCAUUAACCUGGCCAACUCGCACUACCGCUCGCUCCGGUUUGCCCACUCGCGGCUGAGCUCGUCGCGCCUCAGUCUGUUCAUGCAGGCCCCGCCUAACAGUCUAACCGUCGGGGACGGGGCUAACUCCCCAUCCUCCACAGCCAAAGCCACAGACACAGACACCACCACCAACACCACUGAUCUCACUAACCAGCGGCAGCAAAACCAGCAACACCAGCAACAGACACACCAAUCACUGUACAUCAAGCACUCGCCAAAGAGCGUCUCAUUGUUCUCGCCUAAUCCCUAUGUUAACGCCUCAUCCUCAUCCUCACCAGCAUCAGCAUCGGCAUCCACAUCGGCCGGAGCAGGCUCAUCGCUGGCACCGCCUGCCGCCGCCCUAAUGCAUCACAGGCCAUCGCUGCCGGUGGCCAAGCUAACCAUACGCGACGAGGAAAUGGCGGAGGUCAUACGCGCGUCCAUGAGCGAGGGAAGUGGUCGUUGCACCCCAAAGACUAUUACCUUCUUCAAGGGACCUGGACUGAAAUCUUUGGGUUUCAGCAUUGUGGGAGGUCGCGAUUCGCCCAAGGGCAAUAUGGGAAUCUUUGUGAAGACCGUGUUUCCCUCGGGUCAGGCUGCCGAUGAUGGCACACUGCAAGCGGGCGAUGAGAUAGUGGAGAUCAAUGGCAACUCUGUGCAGGGAAUGAGCCAUGCUGAAACCAUAGGACUCUUUAAGAAUGUUAGAGAAGGCACCCUUGUGCUAAAGAUCUUGAGAAGAAAAUUGCAGAAGGCAAAAUCAAUGGGUUGCUAGUUAAUACCUAAUUUGACUUAUCCCGAUGAUAAUACCUGAUAAACUGCAUUGUUUAAUCCCCUUAAUUGUUAGCUUCAUUAAUUAAGUGAAGUCUUUUUUCGUAAUCGUACAAAGCCCCUUGAAAGAACUAUACUUAUAUACAGACUCUAUAAAUGUAGCAUCUAGAAUCCCAAAUAGUAUGUAAGCAGUUGUAUGGAGUUACAAUUUUAAAUUAUUUACUCAUUCUAGACUAGACUAAGGUUCGAAACGUUGUACAAGUUCUAAAUACAUACAAGUGAAAUAUAUUUACCUGAAGAGCAAUAAUACACUUGAA